AUGGAUGCUUUUGUUUCCAGGAAGAAACGGCGGCUAUCUCAGUCAAGGGCGGAGGCUAGUGCAGGACCGUCCGAGGCUUCAUGUAUCUCAAAUCCAGAUUCUUCCGGCGAAGACUCAACAGAUAUCAAAAUUGCUAUAUUGCUGUCGCUGUUUCCAAACCUCAAGCAAGAAAAUCUUCUGGAUAUUCUAGUGUCUUGUGAUGGAUCCGUGGAGGCCGCUUCAUCCCUUCUGUCUUCUCAAGACUCUACGUCACCUACACCAUUUAAGAAACGAGCCGCUCCAAGCUCAACUCUUGGUGUCCAAACAUCGUUAUCGCCACACAUCCUCACCAAAGCAAAGGAUGGAUCUCUUACCACCCUCAGUGAAACCUUCAUCCGUCGGAAACCCUUGUCCACCAAGAAAGGGCAGACUUUGCACCUUUACUCCCCCGGGGACAUCGCAGCCUACACACCGUGCACAAUCAUCCAUAACUUCCUCCCUCCCGAAGAAGCGAAUGUACUGCUAGUUGAACUGCUUGAUGAAUCGAAACACUUCUCGCGAUAUGAGUUCCAGCUUUUCAACCGAACAGUUCAGAGCCCACAUAGCGCGAGCGUGUAUGUCUCUACUCCGGAGGAGUACCGACAGCAGACCUCUGAGUACACAUACGGUGGCACAUACCGAUCGAAUGUUCGAGAAGCGACACCACAGCUUCGCUCAAUAUCGCGAAAGGUCCAGCGUGUGGUUAAUGAGGAAAUCCAGAAACGCAUACGUGAAGUCUACCCAGAUGGCAAGAAGCUCAAGUAUCAGUCGCCUAAGGAGUGGAGACCGAAUGCGGCCUUCGUCAACUGUUAUGAUGGACCUGCAGAAAGUGUCGGAUAUCACUCCGACGAGCUGACGUAUCUUGGACCUCAUCCGGUUAUUGGCAGCCUAAGCCUGGGCGUGGAACGAGAAUUCCGGGUCCGUCGCGUCAUACCCCGGGACGAUGAGGAGGAUGCAGGCGAAAUAGCUACCGAGGAAAAACAAAGUCCCCCCUCGAAAGCUAUCAAUGAGCAGAAGUCCUCCUCCCGUGUGCGUGCAGACCUGCAAGGUCAGAUCUCCAUUCACCUGCCCCACAACUCCCUCUUGAUCAUGCAUGCAGAGAUGCAGGAGGAGUGGAAGCAUGCAAUCGUUCCUGCGCAAACUAUUUCUCCACACCCAAUAUCGGGAAAUCGGCGCAUAAACAUCACUUACCGCUGGUAUCGCGAUACUCUCCACCCACGCUACACGCCUCGCUGUCUAUGUGGCCAGCAUGCGAUACUUCGGUGUGCACAGCGCAAGCAAGAAACUCGGGGCCGAUACAUGUGGAUGUGUUAUGCUGGAUAUCAACCAGGAAAGGAAGGCUGUUCGUUCUUUCGAUGGGCGGAGUUUGAUGAUGAUGGCAAUCCUGUGUGGACUCACAAGCAAAAUGAGGAAGAUGUCGCCCCAGCUUUGGCCAAUUUUGCAGCAUCACAAUAG